AUGAUCCGUCUAUUUAUUACAAAACCGGCAACUUUCGCUCUAAGUUCACGUGCAACCUUCGCUUCCAAUCGUCUUUUUAGCCGAUUUCCUGCUUGUCGGUCGACUUUCAAGGAGCAGCCAAUUCUCUUUGCUAAAUCAACAAAAGCUUCUAUUUCUAAAGCUUACACGACUCAAAAUGGAGUCAAUUCCCCUCGGAAUGAAACCAAUGCUACGAAAGAACAUCUCCAUAAAAAAAUUGAGGUGAAUUCGACCGAAUCCAAGGCCAUUGACCCCAAAACCAUCCAAACCCAAUCUAGGCCCGUGUUUACUCCUGAGGAAGUCGAAGCUGCUCGACUCGCCAGAUUGGCCAAUCUUGGAUGGCUCGGAAAGUUGCCGGAAAAGUGGAUUCCUUACGCAGAGCUCAUGCGCUUGGAAAAACCAGUGGGAACGUUCCUCCUUCUACUUCCCUCGUUCUGGGCAAUCACAAUGGCUGCGUAUGGAAUAGCUGCGCCCUUGGCCACCACUGCAUAUGCAAUUGCUUUAUUUACCGUAGGCGCGCUUGUCAUGAGAGGAGCAGGAUGUACUAUCAACGAUAUCUGGGACCGCGAUCUAGAUAACAAAGUAGCCCGGACCGUUGAGCGGCCAAUUGCCAGUGGAAGAGUAAGUGUGCCGCAGGCGGUAGCCUUCUUGGGUGCGCAGUGCUUCUUGGGAUUGGGUGUCCUUCUCUCGUUGCCUUGGGAAUGCUUCUAUUUGGGCGCUUUAUCAUUGCCCUUCGUGUUCUUGUAUCCUCUAUUCAAGAGAUUUACCUAUUAUCCACAGGCAAUGAUUUCGGUGACGUUUUCUUGGGGUUGUCUUCUCGGUUUCCCGGCCGUUGGUGCUCCCUUGAACUUGGCUGUAGCUGGACCAUUGUUUUUGGCCAACUUUUUCUGGAGCAUGAUCUACGAUUCUAUUUAUGCUCACCAAGAUAAAAAGUACGAUAUCAAAGCAGGAAUCAAAUCCACAGCCUUGGCCUGGGGCGACAAAACUAAACCUAUUUUGUAUGGAUUGUAUUCUAUGCAAGUCCUUUCCUUUUUAGGCGCCGGUAUCAUGAACUCGAUGGGGCCUUUCUUUUAUUUGGGGGCUGCUGUUGGUUUUACCCGUUGGUUUUCUCAGAUUAAAAAGGUCGAUUUAGAUGAUCCAGCCAGUUGCUGGGCAACAUUCACUGGUAACAUUAAGACUGGGUGGAUAUUUUGGUUUGGAAUCUUGGCUGACUACCUCUUGCAAGCGGCUGGACUUCUUUAA